AUUCAAUAGCAUAUAGUUUAUUUCAUGGCGUGACAUUCCACAGAAAACUUUCUUUAAUACAUUUGGGUCGGAGAGCAAAUCUUUUCUUUCGUCACUCCUUAUAUCUUAGAUUCCUAGAAAAACACAAUGUUUUGUAUGGUUGAUUUAGAGAGGGUGUAUAUCGUAUGUAAAACUUUGGAAAUUGAUGGGGUCGAAGGUAAUGCGUUUGUUUCGUGCCACCUGCGAGUCACAGACGCGUAUAUAGCGACAACACUUGAUGUUCACGUGCAACAGUUUCGUCAACAGUAGAAUUUGGCUCAAAUUUUCUGUCAGUUAAAAGAGGAAACGGCGUAGAACAUCGAUAUACCUUCACUGAAUGCACCAAUGGGCUUUCGCUGCAAGAUUUCCGCUUUCAAAUGCCAAAAUCUACAAUUAUUUGCAAGAGUAAAUUGGAUAUAAACCCUUGAUACAAAUAUCGAAGUGCUAGUGCCAGUCUACCUGAGCGCUGAAUAAAAACACGACGCGCACGCAACCGAGGUCCACACAGAAAAGCGUGAGGGCGAAACAUGGAGAUCAGACAACCGAGCUACGAUGAAAUCCCUGGGCCCCUGGAUAAAGGAGUGUCUAUCACAAAGGGUUACUUUGGAGAACUCGACUAUCAAAAUCAUCGGCAGUUUUAUGUAGGAGUUCAUAUUCCUCUGCGACCGAGAAAACACCAUCACCAUCAACGACAUCACCAUCACCGGCGAAGACAUAGAUCCCUCACACUCGAUUCUACCGAGUCAGAUACCGCAACAUCCUCAUUGCCGAUAGACAAAGUACGCUUUAUUCUUGGUGGUGAAGAAAAUGAACAGGAACAACACAAGAUGUUCACGGAGUUGGCAACAUAUCAAUGCGACAAAGAUGGAAAUGAGGAGUGGAGGGAAAUGGCACGGUGGCUGAAAUUUGAAGAGGCUGUCGAAGAAGGUGGAGAUCGCUGGAGUAAGCCGCAUGUCGGUACUCUGUCUCUCUAUAGCCUGUUUGAGCUGAGAAGUGCCCUUCUACGUGGAACAGUUCUGUUGGACAUGAACGCAAGCAAUUUACCUCAGAUUGCAGAUCUUGUCCUUGAUGAUAUGGUGAAUAAAAAUUACUUGGAACAAGAUAACAGACAGAGAGCUCGCGAAGUACUCUUGAAGAAGCAUCGUCACCAGGGGGUGAAAUCCUCGAAAAAGAAAAGUUCUACCAUGAGCAGCUUUGGAUCAUUUGCAAAGAAAGCCUCAUCAGCAGGUCUUAGUGAAAUGUUAAAACGUUCAGACUCCUCGCAAAAGACAACAGCUCCUAAAACCUUGGAGGUAGUGGCAGAAGAUCACAAUGGUGGAGAAUUCCCUCAUUUGCCAUCAGCUGCAGAUUUAGUGGGAAAAGAGAAGGAGAGUGGACAGAAUGGUGAUGUGAAGCAAUCAGAAUCAGAUACUGGCCUAGAAACGUUUGAUGCCAACUUCAUGAAGAAGAUUCCUGCUGGAGCAGAAGCAUCCAAUGUCCUUGUUGGAGAGUUAGAUUUCUUGAAGAAACCAGUGACUGCAUUUGUGCGUCUGGAGAAUGCUUCUCUUCUGGGUGACCUUACUGAAGUGCCAGUACCCACACGGUUUAUCUUUUUCAUGUUAGGACCUCCUGGCACUCCAGGACGGUACUAUGAAGUCGGACGUGCCAUAGCAACACUGAUGUCUGAUGAGGUUUUUCAUCAAGUUGCUUACAAGGCUCACUGCCGUGAAGACUUGUUGGCUGGAAUCGAUGAGUUCCUAAUGCAGGUGACGGUGUUGCCGCCUGGUGAAUGGGAUCCCUCUAUCCGUAUUGAACCCCCUGAUGUGAUACCUGAACAGGGUAAACGGCUUGAGUCAGCUAAAUCUGCAGGUAAUGGAGAUGAAGAAGAGCAUGACCCUGCGGGCGACAGAGAAGAACAGCUUCAGAAGACAGGAAGGUUGUGUGGAGGUCUUCUUGCUGAUAUCAGGCGCCGAGCUCCUUGGUACUGGAGUGAUUUUAAGGAUGCCCUCAACCCUCAGUGCAUUGCGUCGAUCAUCUUUAUCUACUUUGCUUGUCUCACACCAAUCAUUACAUUUGGAGGGUUAAUGGGAACAAAGACAGGGAAGAAUAUGGCUGCAAUGGAGCAAAUUCUCGCAGGAGGCAUUGGUGGAGUUCUGUUCUCUCUGUUUGGUGGUCAGCCUCUUAUUAUUCUGGGUGCGACCGGUCCUAUGUUAGUCUUUGAAGAAAUUCUUUACACAUUCUGUGACAAAUUCGGCAUGGACUAUCUGCCAUUUCGUUUGUGGAUUGGCAUUUGGACAAUGCUGUACUGCUUUGUCUUGGUGAUAACAGACGCCAGUGCGCUUGUGCGAUACUUCACCCGUUUCACUGAAGAAUCCUUUGCCACGUUAAUUGCACUGAUCUUCAUUGUCGAGGGUUUCAAAAAGUUGUUCCACGUUCUGCACGAUAGCCCUGUUCCCACAACAGAUUCGGAUUAUAGACGAUACGGUUACAUGGAAGAACAUUCUUGCCUGUGCUUGCCAAAGCAAUCUGAUGAUUUGCAUUCAUCCCAUUCAUCGCCAAACACAUCAUUUGUCAAUGCGACCACCCUUACUCCCCUUGACUACUCAAUGGGAGAUUGUGCGAGAUACGGCGGUGAACUUGUGGGAGAUGCAUGUCACGAUAAUGUGUUCUUCCUGUCUGUUAUCCUCGCCCUUGGAACCUUUUUCUUGGCUAUUUCACUGAAGGGAUUCCGUACCAGCUCUUAUUUCCCUACAAAGGUCCGUGCAGUCGUCUCAGACUUUGCCAUCUUAAUAAGUAUAAUGAUAAUGGUUGGUGUAGACCUUGCAUUUGGUGUCAACACACCAAAGCUUGAUAUUCCAUUGAAAUUCCAACCCACAAAUGCCGAGGAGAGGGGAUGGGUGAUCCCUCCACUGGGCAAGAACCCUGUGUGGACGAUUCCGGCCGCAGCCAUCCCAGCGUUACUUGCAACUAUUUUAGUUUUCAUGGAUCAACAGAUCACGGCUCUGAUCGUGAACAGAAGAGAACAUAAACUUAAGAAAGGAGCUGGUUACCAUCUUGAUCUCCUACUUGUAGCCAUCAUCAUUGGUAUCUGUUCAUUGCUGGGUUUGCCGUGGGUAGUUGCCGCAACUGUUUUGUCAGUUGGUCAUGUACAGAGCUUGUUUGUUGAGUCUCAAUGCACAGCGCCUGGAGAGAAAGCUAAAUUUCUUGGUGUAAGGGAACAGCGUGUUACAGGAACCAUGAUUUUUAUCUUGAUUGGUUUAACUGUGUUCAUGUCUCCAAUCUUAAAGUUUGUACCAAUGCCUGUUCUUUUCGGCCUCUUCUUCUAUAUGGGAGUUUCCGCACUCAAAGGAUUGCAGUUCUUUGAGAGAUUAAAGAUCAUUUUCAUGCCAAUCAAGCACCAGCCUGAUCUGAUGUAUUUGCGCCAAGUCCCGGUCAACAGAAUCCAUAUCUUCACAUUGAUUCAGUUGUUUUGUUUGGGUGUACUGUGGCUCAUCAAGUCCACUGACGCUGCCUUAAUCUUCCCUGUUAUGGUGUUGAUGUUGGUCGCUGUUCGCAAAGUGAUGGAGAAAGUUUUCACUCUUCAUGAGCUUGAAGUUUUAGAUGAUUUAAUGCCGGAGAGCAUUAAGAAGAAAAAAGCAGAAGCAUUGCAUAAAAAGGAUGAUGACUACGAGUAUGAUGAAGAUGAUGAUGAGUGUUGCCAUCACGACGAUAUAGAUGGCAAGAAGGAACUAGUUGAUGGUAAAGAACUCACUGAAGGGAAAGAACUGAAUGGUAAAGCAAAUUGUGAAGUUCCCUUCAACAUGUCAGAAGAGAUGUGCAAGACCGGACUGUGGAAAACGUUUGUGAAGGAUGGAUCAAGGACCAAGCCAGAGCACAGGAAAGGCAAAUCAGGCGACAAACACAAGCAUAAACAUAAACACCAUCACAGCCACAAAAAUAGACACAAUCGGCACAAGAAAGACCGCGAAGAACGUAAAGAAGACGAGGGAUUAUGGAUGCUUGGUAAAAAGACUGAGGGUGAUGAUGAUGACGAAGGAAGCGACGAAGGAAGCGACGCAGAACUACAAAGAAAACUUUCGACCAUUAACGAGGACAAGGCUGAUGUUGUGAUUGACAUGGGGCAGAUUCAGAAAUCUCUUCUGGAGCAGACUGAUAAUGGUGAUGUUCCGAUGGUCGGUGAAGGCAACAAGGAAAGUGACAAGCCAGCGGGUACUGCUGAAGAUGUUGUCUGAAGUGUUUAGAGGGUAAUCAUCCUUAAUAAUAUGAGCCAGGUAACAACACUGUAUCCAUACAUGUAAAUGAAGCAGUGUUUGUUUUUAUACUCAUCAGUAAGAACCCUGUUGUAUGUAAUUAAAUUCUUUGGUAGUAAUUAUAGUUUUAAAAAUAUACAUGAUAACUCGCCUUAAAACCAGUUUUCAAAAUUGAACUUUCUCCACUCAGACAUGAUCAUAUGAUGUCACUACAUUGUAGCUAUUGAAUUUU